GUCAACCGAUACACCCAUACAGUAGAAACAUUCACCUCCCACUUGUAUGCCAUCUGUCGCUCCUUUGGUCCACUUUUUGACAGCACUAUCACCUUCAAUAGCAGCAUAAAUUGUUUGUCCAUCCAUGUCGUCAUCGACAAAGAUCUUCGUAGGAUAUGUAAUAUUGUAUAUUACUGUAGUACCCGUUGUCUGCAAGUUAUUGAGUGUAAACAUUUGUACCCUGUUAUUGCUUGAGUCAGCUAUAUACAAUGUAUUAGUUGGUCUAUGAAUAAAAAUUCCCAUGGGACCGUUGAGUUGAUCAGACUUGUCGCCUCUUCCGCCAACACCAGCCACUAUAUUGCCUGUUGUGUUCCAUUUUGCACAAGGACUCACUUUUAUCGAUCCCACAGGCGGCAGACAACACAAGAAUACAAUUUGAACAUAUAGAAACGUUAAUAAAACUUUGUUACUCUGCUCAUUAUUGAAUGUACGAAUAUACAUGAUAGGAAUUUUCGUCAACAAAGACACCUAUCAGUAUAAUUUGAAAAAAGAAAAAGUUUAGUGUUACAACACAACAAAGGUAAAUUGAAGAUGUAUGUAAGCUAAAAAAGAUAAGAUAUAUUUAUGAAUGAAUCACAUAUGUAAUAGAUAACAAAUGAAAAUGAUGCAUCAAUGAUACUGCAGAGUAGGCCACAUGUAACUUGACGAGAAAAAAAAGAAGUUGUAAUGAUUCUAUUUCAUAAAUUUUCUCAAAAUUUCUAUUUGAGUUAUAUUUAUAAUACAAUCAACCAGUAUCUACCAAAACCAAUUCCUGUCUUACUCAUUGCGACUGCAAAUAAUUGAAUAAUUGAAUUGAUCGAAUGAGAAGAAGAAUAUUUUCCUUAUUCAUUAAUUGAUUUUAUUUUUAAAAAGCUAGAUAUUUAUACCCAUCCUAUCCAGACACAUACAAGUGAGAGAGAAACAAUGAUCUAAGUGCAUCCCUCUUACUUCUUGUCAAAGUGAAUAAAAACAAAGAAGAUGAUGUAAAAUACAUCUUCUUUCUAAUUGAGCAAGAAGUAAACAAACACGUACAAUAAAAUAAGAAAAAGAAAGAUGUAGAAAAUAGAGAAGAAAAAAAUAAUACGAAUGUUGUUAGAGUGUUGUCUAACAUUUGUACAUUAGAUAUUGAAUGAGUUCAUAGAAAAAGAUCAAAAAUGUUAAUUUAGCAACAGCAAACCUUGGCACAUGAUCUUUUGACGGUGACAGUUUUCUUUCUGAUGACUUUGCAACAUGGUUUGCAGCAGCACACAGUUUUAGUUACACAACAUUUUGGACCGCAGCAGCAACAAUCACAAUCACAGCAGCAGGGAUCACAGCACGAGCAACAACAAGGAUCACAACAGCAUGGAUCACAGCAUGAACUACAGCAUGAACCGCAGCCACAGCCACAGCCACAGCCACAACCACAACCGCAUCCACAACCGCAACCACAACCACAGCCUGGCAUAUUAAUAGUAAUAAUGUAG